UACCCUGGUGAGAAAAAUCCUUUUUGAAAAAAGGAAAGCAUGGGACACACACAACGACACACACAACACAACACACAACACAACACAACUCAUACUCAAAUGCACAAGCAGCUAGCAGUCUCCUGAACAAAGCGAUUGUUGAACCAUCUCCGCGAGAGAUCGAUCGUUCUUUGCUCGCUCGCCCAUUCACCCACUCACUCCUCUCGCCACAGGAUGCCAUCCAAGAAACGACAGCGGCGGCAAGAGCAGCGGCGGAAACGAAACGAACAACGCCGCGGCAGCGACGGUCCUUUCGAUGCUCGGAGUAGCAAAACGCGAGAUUCGCGGGAGGCGGCGGCGGGAGCCACGGUCGCCGCUGCCGCCCGCGGAAUCCUUGGCUCGGGGAGAAGGAAUUCYAAGAAAMGGCGGGAGAAGCCSCGGCAGUGGCCCGCAGUCCCCGGGAUUGCCUCGAACUCCACGAUGGCGGUCCUCCUGGUGGCGGCGGUGUCCCUGGGGUUGGGGAACCCGGGAUCCGGUUUCGACCGCUUGCUAUGGGAUAUUGCACCUUCCACAMCAACAAUUGCUGCCGGUUCGAUUGCUCUGCUGUCGCUCUGGGCCGUUUGGAAGGCCUCUCGGCUUGCCUCUCGGGUUUGGAAGGACAAYGCAAACGGGGCCAAAGCCCUCCACCGGCAAAAAGACAACGACGACCCAAACGAAACGGAAGAAGACCUCUUUUCCACUCUCCGGCCCCUGGGRCUCCGACSUUCCCGGGAAGCCCCCCCAAAGCUUGCUUCCUCGGAGGCCGUCCGGGCCAGGCUCGCCGAGUGGCUYCCCUUUGGACUCCGCCACACGAGCGACCUCGAACUCGUCUACAGCACGAGCGUCCACGGCCGGUCGCUGAGAGUGCUCUACCACCGUCUCUCCGAGGAAGGAUCGAGGCACACGGUCCUGUUCGCGGAGGUCCUGCCGGCGAAAGCAUCGAAACCGGAACCGGGAUCCCUGCCCGUCGUUGGAAUGUACGCGUCACACCGGUGGAAGCCGUCCCCGGGUGUCUACGGCGACGGCCAGUCCUUCCUGUUCCGAGCGGAGGUUCCGGAAACCGAAGGGGAGGGCAUCGGUGCCGGUGCCACCGAUUGCCGCGAAACGACGAGAGGCGUCGGCGGGGGUGGCACCACCAACGAGGCCCCACCGCUUCGCUCCGACUGCUGGAAGUGGACCCCGCCUCCUCCGCCGGAACGACCCGCCGGGRGCGGUUCUUCCCACUGCCACUACCACGUUGGACGAGCGGACGGGUCCGCGGCGGCCAGGGAGGCCGCCCUCUGGGAAACCUUUCAGAGGUCGAACSGGGACUCGCUGGCCCUCGGGAUCAGCGGCAACGGGGCCGGUGCGGGACUCUCSCUAAACUCCGACCUCACCCAAGGGGAAUCCCACCGGGCGGUGGGAUUCGACAACGAGCCGCUCGCCGGAGCUCCCGCGGAACGGCCCGCGRACGGCAACGRCAACGRCAACGACAGCAAAUUGAGCGCRGGCGUUGGCAGCCAUCGCAAAACAGACGGUGGCGUUGUCUUUGGUGUAGGACUCGUGGAAGUCUACCAGCUCGUUCGAGAAAUCGACGGCCUCCCCAUAAAGUGAAGGUAUCUCCAAGGUUGUCUGCGUUCUAUAAACAUCAUGCCUCAGAAAUCGCAGUGUAUUUUGUUUCGUUCUGUCCUGUCCGCGGUAUCCUGAUCCGGCGGCAGGAAUCCAAGAGCCAUGGGAUAGCUGCUGUUCGGGCUCGAACGCACACAACAUCGCGAAUGGCUCGAUCGAAUUGGUCUUGGUUGCCGAAAAACCAUCAAUAAGCCUCAAACGCGAGCUCUGCUAUUUCCCUCCUUGAGAAAACAAAUGCAUUCGAAUCAAAUCGAUGUUAGGUAAUCCUGUGUCGCCGUUCCAAGCAGCACCUCUGGACUCCACAAUUUUUUUGUUUUUUGGCAUCUGGUAACCUAGUUGUCGCGGCCGAUGAGAUAGCAACAGUACGAUGUGAAUUUCAGGAACCUUGGAACGAAAACAACGAAAGAAAAGUGAUGUUGUGACGGACGCAGCGUCGUAUGAAGCUACUAUGAAAAACAAAAGUAAUCACUGUUCUUCCUAGGACAACCAGAUGGGCUGAUUUGUCUUUGCUAUGGCGUGGGGGACAGCACCACAAUGCCGAGACGCAACUAAACACGCAUUGUAUGC